AUGGCAGCCACGGCGGUGACCGACUCGGGCGGCGUGAGGAUCAUCACCGAGGUGAUCCCGGCCAGCGAUCCCCGCGCAGCACAGCUGGCCGCCGGCUCCCAGCCCCCCGCGCCCGCCGGGACGUCGUUUCGGGUCCGGGGCUUCCGCAGAGCUCAGCCCAAAGUGCUGGGGAUCAUCCACAUCUUCAGCGGGAUCAUCCACAUCUGUUUCGGGAUCAUCCUGACGCUGGCGGAGCAUGGGAGCCUGUCCCUGCCCGUGGCCAGCGGGAUCUUCUUCUGGCUCGGGCUCCUGCUCCUGGUCUCAGGCUCUUUGCUGGUGGAAAGUGAAAAACGAGAGAACAUUUUGCUGGUGAAGACUUGCUGUGUCGUCAACGCAGCCGUCGCCCUCAGCACGCUGGUGGCCAUGCUCCUCCACGCCACGGCCAUCAGCCGCAACGUCCCCGGCUGUGACAAGAUGCUGCCGUAUCAGCCGAAACCCGAGUGGUGCUUCAACCCAGAGAACAAGAUGCUGAGCAACGGGCUGGACUCCAUCUUCGUCCUCUUCAGCCUCCUGGAGUUCUGCGCGGCCGUGGCGGCCGUGACGUUUGGCUGCGCCGCCGUCCAGCAGCACAACUACACGCGCAUGGCAAUGUAGCCAGGCCCGGGCCUGCAGCCAUGUCCUGCCCAGAGCCACCGCACCGCACGAGGGGCCGGAGCCCGGGGGCACCUCCCCGAGCCUCACGGUAGAACCGCAGCCCGAGACCCCUCCGGUGCCCCCCGGCCUGAGAUGCCCCCGGUGCCCCCGGGCCUGGUCCCUCUCCCCUGCGUGGCCCCCAAUAAAGGCCUCUCCCCCCA